AACACGACUACCUCAAGAAUGACCAUGAUGUUCAUCUACCGCAGAAUAAUGGGAUACAUACCUGGACCAAAAACUCUUCCAUUUGUUGGAUUAUCUUGGAAACUUUCAAGAAUUCCCAUAGAAGAUCGUUUCCGAUGGUUAAAUGAUUUAUGUUUUUCAUUUGAACGAGGAAUCGUAGUUACUUGGUUUGGUAUGAAACCCGUUGUUAAUAUUCGUAAACCAUGGCUUAUUCAAAUAAUGUUAUCUAGUUAUUCACUUAUGGCAAAAUCAAAUGCUUAUAGCAUGUUAAUUCCUUGGUUGAAUAAUGGAAUACUUACGUCAUCAGGUAACGCGUGGCUAUAUUGCAGGCAUUUGAUUUCACCGGCUUAUGGAUUUGAUGCAAUAAAAUGUUACGUUGAGAUUAUGAACAAAAAUUCCAUAAUAUUGGAUGAAUGUUUGGAUAAAGAAAUCAAAUUUAAUUCAAAAGCACCUGUCAAUAUUUUAUCUCUUAUUACCAAAUAUAGUCUUGAUACUAUUUAUGAAAUUGCUGUAGGAUUGAUAGUUAAUACUCAGCAAACAGAAGGCAACCUUUAUACCCAGACACUCUAUAAAUUUUAUCAAAUAUGUAUAGAAAGAUCUAGUAAUUUAUGGUCACAAUGGAACUCACGAUUUUACCAAGCAACAACUAAAAAGAUGAUAAUGAAAGACAUACAAGUUAUGCAUAAUUUUAUUGACCAAAUAAUAAGAAAUAAAAUAAGCAUUAAUAAUGGCAGAAUGCUCAUGGAGCAGGAUUCUAGAAGUCCAGAACAGAUUAAAUUCAAAACAUUUUUGGAUCACUUACUAGAAUACAAUGAAAAUUCUGAAAAUCCAAUGACGUUACAAGAAAUGCGACAAGAAAUUGAAACACUCAUAUUUACUGGUCACGGUACAAUCUCAGCUGCUGUAACUUGGACUUUAUUUGCUCUUGGGAAUGAAUUGAAAGUGCAAGAAAAUGUGCAUAAAGAAUUGAAUACAAUUUUUGAUCAUAGCAAUAAUGCAAUAGAUAUUGAACAAUUAGAAAAAAUAAAAUAUUUAGAUAGAGUAAUACAAGAAGUUCUUCGAAUAUAUCCAAGUAUUUCAUCUAUAGUUCGGUGUAUAGAAAAUGAUGCAGUAAUAGAUAACUUUUUCAUACCUAAAGGAACAAAUAUAAAUAUACAAAUUUAUCAGUUACAUCAUGAUCCGGAAAUUUGGAAAAAUCCUGAAAUAUUUGACCCCGAUAGAUUUUUACCAGAAAAUAGCAAUGGAAGACAUUCUUAUGCUUACAUCCCAUUCAGCGCUGGACCAAGACAUUGUAUAGGGCAAAAACUUGCAUUCAUAGAAAUAAAAAUAGUUUUGAUCACUAUACUUCGUAAAUGGCGUGUUUUUAGUUUAUUAAAACCGUAUGAACUUAAAUUUAUAUCUAACUUUACAUUAAGGCCGAGUAACAACAAAAUAGAAUUAUACUUUCAACCCCUACUGAAUGCUUAA